AUGACUUUUCCAAAGAAGAUACCUGUCACCCAAUGGAGCACACAACUUAAGACUCGUUUACCUAAGAUAAUUACAUUUGAUGCUUACAACACCUUAUAUACUACAACAUUGCCUGUGCUUCAACAGUAUUGUAUAGUUGCCCAGAAAUAUGGAAUAACAGCAAAUGUUCAAGAAUUAAGUCAUAAGUUCCCCACUACUUUCAAAGAGUUGAAUGCCACAUAUCCAAAUUAUGGGAAGAAGUCUGGUAUAACUCCCGAGCAAUGGUGGGGAUGUUUGAUAAGGGAGAUAUUCAAGCCUAAUAUGACUCCUGUUGGGAUGAUUGAUGAAAUUCUUCAACGAUUCGAAGGUUUCGAUGCCUAUGUUGUUUAUCCUGAUCUCAUAGAAUUUCUGAAGAUGGUCAAAGCUGAACACCCUGAAAUCAUAUUGGCAGUUAUAAGCAACACCGACACAAUAGCUUAUAAGUUGAUGCAAAAUGUUGGACUUCUCAAAUUCUUCAAAAACUACGUGUAUCUAUCUUAUGAAGUGAACGCUAAGAAACCUAAUCAGGAGAUGUUUGAUUAUGUUCUCGAUGAUAUUGUGAAAAGAAAUCCUAACUUACUUAAUGAAGGAUCCAUUAUGGAUUUGAAAAGAAGUUGCUGGCAUGUUGGUGAUGAACUCCAUAAUGACAUGAUUGGAGCAUAUGAUUCUGGCUGGAAUGGUGUCUUGCUUGAUAGAAUAAAUAAGUCUGGAUAUCUUUCGAUGUCGUUUGCCAAUAUAAUAAAAGAUGAAGAGGCUUUAACUAGAGACAAAUUUGAAACCAAUUCAGUAGUAGCUUGGAAAAUGAGUAUGAAUCAAUCAGAUACUACUCAAGUUAAUGAUCGAGAAUAUGUUGUGCCAAAUUUUAUUGUCUUAGAAAAGGUACUUUUCAAGGAACGAAAGAACGAAACCCAAUGA